AUGGCCCGCCUCCUCACUCAAACUCUGCAACUCCGCCACUCUCUCCUGCACCGCCCUCGGGUCCCGCCCUCCCUGACGCAGGCCCAUCGGGCCCGCUCGACCCGAUCCGGCAAGGCCCAGUUGAUAGAGAUCGACCUUGACCCGUCCACCUCGUCGUCGUCGUCGUCAUCGCUGGCGAAUGAUUCGGAGAAAUUAAUGCUAAAGAAGCUAGACGACAUCGUUCAGACCAUCCUCGUCCAGAGGGCCACUCCCGAUUGGCUCCCAUUCGUUCCCGGCUCCUCAUUCUGGGUCCCACCUCGACGCGCCCCUUUGAAAGUGACUGACUUGGUUGGCAAAUUGGCUGACCAACUCACAGAUGAAGAGUCCCUCUCUGUUGCCACUGAUCGAGGAUGGCCUUGCUCUCAAUUCUUCGUUCAUGGGAGUGGAUCUACAGAAACAAGGGAGGUGGAUAUGGAGGAAGAAGGAUCAGCAGAAGUAGAGGUGGAGGUGGAGGUAAAGGUUUUGACUGAGUCACAGAAGCCAUCUCGCUGUGAGGAUGAUUAG